AUGACGAAACUGGCUACCAGGAGAAGGCACACCAACCUGAAACUCGGAUGUGCUAAUUGCAAGCGGAAAAAGAUCCGCUGUGACGAGGUGCUUCCUCAGUGUGAGAACUGUCAACGAGCUCGAAGAGAAACAUGCUCCUACUUGUCCUUGUCAAGCGCCGAAAUCAACCGGAUCCGUCUAACCCACUCCCUCAGAAACUCCCAGAACAAGCUUCUAUCCAGCAACUUCCGCCUUCCCACGUCUACAAACAAUCUGUUUGAGGCGAGCGACCUGAUCUUGGCCGAUUCAAGAAAACCGGGGCUGGACGCCUUGGAGUUCAAGUUUGAGUUUUCCAAGUUCAACAACAAGUUCCCUUCCCUGCGCUACGUGUCCGUUCAGUUCCACAACACCUUUGUCAACACGUUGGAGCUUGACUAUAGGCUGGACUUCGAUGAGCGCUCGCCCGACUCAAACGCCGUGCUGACUGACGUGAGCUCUUCGGCCGAGUUGGCCCUUUCUAAUGGCAAGGCACUCCCCAGCAGCGUCCACAGACCAACACGCUUCAAGAGACUAGACCACAGGGCGCAAUUUGGGGUCUCCAUCAACAGGAGACACCCCAUGUGUAUGAUGUUGUGGGACUUCAGCCCGGACCAGCUCUUCUCCGAUAUUUUCUUCACCUGCCAGCGCUGCUUUUCGGCUUCGCUUCUGCUUCUGCGUAUGAAGCAGGAGGCCCUCGUAGGCCGGCUGUUUCCUCCGAACUCCAUCACAUCGUUGGAGACAAAGUGUAAUGCCGCCGUCAAUAUCAUGAGGCAGAUGUUUCCCGAAGCAAUGCGUAUUUUUAGGGAAAACCUCGAGGUGGACAUUCACACGUUGAGCGAGCUUAACAGACAGCGCUUCUACUUGGUAUUGGCUAACUGGCUCUCGGCGUGCUCACUUUCGGUCCUCGACUGCUCGAUCCCGAUUGUCUUCACUUUCCUCGUGGGCCAGAGUAUUAUUUUCGAAGAGUACAUUGCCUACGCUCUCAAACACAGCACGAGUGACAGGGACGGUGUCCAGUGGCUCGGCUUCAUGACAGAGAACAUUCUAUUCAUUCACCUCCCACCCUACGAACCGGCGUUUCUCUUUGAGAUUCGCUCGAACCUUGAAGCCUUGUGUAACUUGUUCGACGUAAACCCCGUCACCCUCACAAACGAUGCAGACGCUUACUACUUCAAAAGACUCAGACACUUUUGCCAUCUGAUGCUCAGCUUCCUCGAUUCUCACAUCCUAAGUAUAGUCUACAUUUCGAGAAACGAGCAUUUUGUGACCACAUACCCACCUUCGGUGAUGUUCAAUGCCGCAAGAAAAUGGUGGUUCCUCAUGCCCUCCAAGUUCCAUCAUCGCGAUACAAGCAGCCCUGCCCACGCAUUCCUUGAGCGUCUCUCGUGCACCGUGAAGAUGUACAGAGCUGCUAUCGGUGUUGGGCUCGAUGCUGUUUUCCCCACAGCAAGAUAUCUUCUAUCAUUGGGUUUUGAGGACCCCACGUUCCAGAUCAGAGAACAGUGCAAAGUCACCAAACCACAACCUAACGAAUUCCACGACCCCAAUCUUCCAGAGUAUUUAUGGAGACACAUGGUCUACGCCUUGCGUGUCUAUGGUUUCUUCCAAAAGAGAUUCAAGCUCUACAAACACAAUGUCAUCUGGAAAGGUCCUUUCGAGGAUCUCAAUUCCAACAACCGCUUCAGUGCUAGGCAUAUGAAGAAUGCAUUAGAGAUACCCGUAAGGAGCUUCAACAACCUUGCAUUGCGCCCCGAGCAUUACGCCCGGCAAAUUCAUGGCCAUUACGAUUCCAUCCUCAAAGACCCAUCUGCAAGUGCUGUGUUCGCACGGCCCGACGAAUCCCAGAUAGAAAUGCAUCAUCAUAGUGAACAUUUCGACGUUUUUGAUCACCGCCACGAGAUUCAGCUUCGUCCGGACUUUUCCUGUCAAUAUGAUUAUGUUCCUCUUAUCAAGGACUGCCCUGAGAAUCAAGAGUAUUCAAUCGAUGAUUUGAAAAGAUAUUUCGAAGAUCGUAAAGGAAUCCUCCAGGGUAUUUUUUAA